AUGGACCCGGCCACAGAGGACUUCGCCGGCGCUGAAUUCAUCGACUUCGACAAUCUAGACCUGCACUUCAACAUUGACGGUUACAGUCACGAAGGACCCGCCUCUAAUGGCAAUCAACUCGCCGAUCUGACCGAGUCGCUCAAUGUCCACCAUCUCCAGGGCCAGUAUCCCCCGCAACUUCCCCAGGACCACCGCGAUGGCGCCAACGGAGGCCAGCAGGUCCAGAACUUGGGUGGUCAUGGCAUGUCGCAGCCCACCAACAAUUUCUUCGACUAUGGCAUGCCCGCGUACAGCCAGGCCGGAACGCCAGCUUUCACACAGACCCAGGACCAAAUAUAUCGCCCACACCAGGGCGUCCCGCCCACGCCUAAUAGCAUAGAGAUGCAUGGCGACCCUCAUCGCUAUCUCACGCAAUUGGACCCUCACCAGUCGCUAUUCGACCAGAGAUACCAUAUGCGCAAGGACGAUGCGACCUUUACCCCACUAGUUUCGCCCGCAGUGACGCCCCACGACGCGCGCUUCCAGAUUCCUGACUUCACCGUACCAGGAGCCUACUUCAGCCCACUCACAUCACCCGCCCUGAAUGCCCAGAGCCAUCAGCAUGCGCAUCAGCAGUCGCAAAAUACGACGUCUGGGAGUUCCACUGGACAUUCGCCCAUCGAUGUGGAUAUGGAUAUGUUGGGUGAGCCUGCCAUGGUUCCACAGGAGCAAGGACGGAGGAGUCUACGGAGUACCAACAAGAGGAACGCACCACGGGCAAAUGCCAACGGCCGCGUACGACAGUCCCCCAUUGUGAAACCUAACCGGCGAAAAGCAACCGUUUCCUCGCUCAUCCCACCCAAGGAGGUCACCGAACUCAUGCAGGAAGCGCGGUCAAUACGUCCGUCCACCAACGGGCUGGAUGUGCCAAGGACUCGUGAGAGCUCAGAGACGGACUCUAUAUCUCCCGAGCCUAUGCUGUCUGAGAUGCGACCGCCACCAAAGCCCAGUUCUUCAACAGCUUCUCCUGCUAUGCUUGCCCAACGCAACAGCCAGAACGGUACUCCAGCCACUCCAGCAUCCCUCAUGCGGAUACAACCCUCGCCCGACUUUAGUGGCUCUCAGGAAGCACCACCAAUGCUGGAAGAUCUUACCCUGCCAGAAGCUUCUCUAGACCGGCCGGGCCUAUCAAGAUUGGACACAGCGAUACGGAAUGAGGAUGGUGACACGUCCCGUGUACGGAAAACGCCCAAGUUGAAUCCUCUGAGCACACCUGGAGCCUCCAUGUCAGCCAGGCCUAGCCCGAUGCUAGACGCCAUGUCGACCCCGACAAGCCCAGCCUUCUCCAUGACCAAUGGCAAGAAAGACCUGAAGCCAGCGCGCAAUCCCAAGAAAAGGAACAGCGUGAGCUCGAAUCUUGUCAGCCCCGCUCUAAGGCCUAAGAUCUCGCCCAGCAUAAAGCCUCUACUACCCGAUGGUGGAAGUGGCGUCACCGACAAUACCCACGCCCUUCUUCUGGCAUCCAAGUCAAACUACCAGAACAUCCUCGAUGGUACCACAGUCCCCGGCGUUGUCUAUCCCACAUCACUCUCCACCAACCUCACCUCCAAACGCACGUCUCACAAGAUCGCCGAGCAAGGCCGCCGAAACCGCAUCAACAUGGCCCUCCAAGAAAUGCAAGCGCUCCUCCCUUCCCCGCAGCUCGGUGCCAUCCCAGACGCCAAAAGCCCUGAGACCAACGCGCAAAACUCGAACAACUCCAAGGCAGCCAAGGUGGAAAGCGCCAUAGAGUACAUUAAACAGCUAAAGCAAGAAGUAUCCGAGCGGGAUGACUUGAUCAACAAAAAAGAUCAAGAGAUGGAUGCACUGAAGAAAGAGCUCGCGGCGCUGAAGAGGACAGGGUCAGAGGCAGCGACACCCGAAGCAGCUGCCCAGCUAAAAGCUGAACCGUCUUCCAGCCCGAAUACCGAGAACGAAACUUGA